AUGGCCUACCGCACACCAUUCCUGGCUGCCCUGAGGGAUGGCGAUGUGGCGGUGGUGGCGGCGUGCCUGUCGGAGGGCCGGGACCCGUCUGCUCCCGUCAUGUUCAAGCCUGACCACACCCCGCUGCAUGUGGCUGCCUCCCACGGCCACCUGGAGGUGCUGAGGAUGCUGAUAGACGCGGGGGCAGACCCCCGCCAGCUGACGACCGACGGCCACGACGCCCUCGCGCUCGCGCUCUGCCACGGCCACGUGCACCUCAUCCAGCCGCUGCUGGCAGCGGGCUGCGCUGCACUGGACCAGCCGCGGGGCCGCAUGAGCCCCCAGGAAAUGGCCUCCCUGGGCCUCUCCGGUCUGCGGGUGGCCGAGGGCCGGUGCAAGGGGCACAGCUUGCUGGCGCUGGCCGCGUGGCGGAACCAAGUCGAAAGCAUCAAGGCCCUGCUGGCCCUCGGCUGCGACAUCAACGCGCCCAGCCCCUCCCAGCAGGCCAGUCCCAAGCACAUGGCCGCCAUGGGGGGCGCACGGGAGGCGCUGGUGCUGCUGGCUGAGCGCGGGGCCAACCUGAGCCUGAAAGACGCCGACGGGCUGACCGUGUUGCACCACUGCUGCGGGAUCGAAGCCCAAGCGCUGAUGUGCCCGGACAUAGCGUGUGCGCCGGAGAGCUGCCGCCACUCCGAGUGCCUCAAAGCGCUCUUCUCCCGCGGCUACUGCCUGGGCCUCAUCGAGGAGCGAGCCAACAAUCAGAGCAGCCCGCUAGAGCGGGCCUGCCACAGCGCCCAUGUGGCGUCCGCUCGUGCCCUGCUGGACGCCGGCGCUGCCGUCGACGGCGGCGACCCUCGCAUUUCGGCGCCCCUCACGGACGCCUGCGCCGCCGGCUGCCCGGAGAUUGCAGCGCUGUUUGAGCCGAUGCAGUCCGACGACCUCCCCAAGCACUCGCCCGGCCACCUGGAGUGUGCCCGCAUCUUGCUUGAGCGAGGCAUGUGCUCGGGUGCCGAGGUGGCCAGGCUGGUGGCUGUUGGCGGCAGGCCGCCAUCCAAGCUGUAUACGCUGGACUUGCUGGUGGGGCACCCCGGCCAGACCAGCGCCGACGCCUUCCGCCUGCUGCUGCAGCACGGCGCGCCCGCCAACAGGGAACCAGGCGAGGCCAGCCCGCUAUGGUUGGCGGUUCGCAAAGGCCACACUGCGGCCGUGGAGGCUUUGCUGGAGCACGGGGCGCAGCUUGCGGUGGCCGGGCGGAGCGACAACGCCAUCAUGCAUGCCGCGCCGCACCCCGCCGCGUGCAUGGCGGUGCUAUCCGCCUCUCGCAGGCUGCCAAUGGCGGAGCGGCGGCGGCUGUACACGGCGACCGUACCGCCAGGCAUAGCAGGCGCUGGGCAGCCCACGUGGCAGCUGGUGCAGGACACGUGUGGCGACCGCGAGUGUGUCAAGCUGAUGCAGCGGUGCCUGCGGGAGGCGGGCGUGGAGGUCAAGCUUCAGAGGCCGCCCAAGCCAGACCCCGGCUCGGGCGCCGAACAGUUUGCUGCCAUGCAGGCCAUGCUCCAUGCGCCUGGCAGCAGCAGCGGCGUCGCGGGCCCGGGCAGCAGCGCUGGAGCGGCCGGCGCGGCCCAAGCUCCAGGCAGCGCCUCAUCGGCGUUUGCGACCCGUGCGGCGUCGAUGCCUGGGCAGCCUGGAGGGGGUGGAGAUCCCACGACAGAGACCCUGUUUUUCCUUACAGACACCAACGACCCAGACAGGAUGAUUCAACACCUGGAGGCGCAGUUUGAGAGGAGGCACCGGGAAAGCCCCGAGCUAGUGUAUGGCUGCUUGUUCGAGCGCGAGUGGCGGUCGCUGUCGCAGGCUGCGCUGGCGGCUGAGGCGCGGCGAGUGCUGCAGCCCCUGCGUGGUGGCAGCAGCGGCGACCCAGAGGAGCAGCGAUGCGUCUUGAUCUUCCUGGCCAAUGCGGUGUGCAGCAGCAAGCUGCGGGCGGCGCUGAUCAAGGAGGGCCUGCUGGGUGUCAUGGCUGGGGUGCUGACGCCUGCGGCCGCGCGGCGGCGGCCUGCCGCGUGGCACGCCCCAACCUGCACAGCCCUCAUGAACCUCAUCCUCAGCGGGGAUGCAGGCCAGCUGGGCAAGCCGGGGCUGCGCUACGCGUGGGCGCUGCUGGAGCGCUACGCGCCGCCAGCGAACAGCCAGCAGCCCGCCGCCGCCGCCAGCUGCGACCCCAAUGUGGAGUUAAGUCUCACCUACGCCGUGCAGCUCAUCGGCUGGACGGCCAGCGAGAAUGCCUCGGUGUCGCAUCCCCUCCGGCUGUGCGAGGGAGGGGAGGACCACGGCCGCCUGCUCUUCCUGCGUGCCUGCGCCGGCAUGAUGGCUGGAAAGCCUGACCAGACGCUCAUCAUGUCAGUUGCGAAGGCAAUCAGCACCAUCCAGAUCAUCGGCAUCCAUGCGAUGGAUGUACCGCCUUCCGAGGACUUUCUGUACCGCAGCGCUGAGGCCCGCCGCAUCUUCACGCAGCCCAGCCUGCUGGGUGCCGCGCUGCAGUGCCUGCGGGUGCUCGUGUCGGAGCCCCAUGCCUCACAGGCAGAGCUGGUCAGAUCCCACAUCCAGGCCCUGCACCCCCUGCUGGCCUGCUGCUCGGUUGAGGCGCGGCGGUAUGGCCUCGUGCGCUUGGUGCUGGAUGGGCUGGCUGGCAGCCCCGCAGUCGCCCACCAGUUCUGCUGCAUGCUGUACAUGUUGGUGCACUACGCGGAUGACCGCACCAUUGAGUGCCUCAUCAAAGCUGGGCUGCUGCCCGCCCUCGAAGCCCGCCUCGCGCCGAUCCUGGCAGCCGGCACCAGCCGCGCAGCGCUGGCCGCGGCAGUGGCCGCGCACAGUGUGGGCGGCCCCCCUGUGCCAAACACACUCAUGUCGUGCACGGUGAUCGCGAUGCGCCGCUCGGAUGCCUUUGUGGCUGAAGUCGUGCACCCCAAGUGCCAGCUGGGCAAGACGCUGGCGGCACUGGUGGCGGCGAUCACGUGUGCAUUUGGAGAGCAGCCACAGGGGUCUGUCUGGAGCAUGCUGCUGCGCCAGGCCACCUGCCUGCUGGGCUUGAUGUGCUCCGACGGCGACGUGGCUCGCCGCCUCCUCGCCACAGCCGACCUGCACAACAUGGUGGCACGGGCCCUGCCACAGGUGCACCUGAGCGUGGCGGGAAACCUCGGCCUCGUGUGGAUUCGCCUGCUGCAGCAUGCGGGGCCAGAGGUGCUGGCCGAGAUGCGGCGGCAGAAGGCAUGGCCCGGCGACCAAGCCGCCGCCGGCGCCGAGCUGCAACCGAUGCAGAGGCUGAUCAGGCGGUUGCAGGAGCUGGCCCGUGACCCUCAGGCCCAGGACAUCGUGCGCCCGAUGAUGAUGUUCACGUUCCGUAUGAUCCAGGGAGAAGAUGUGGACUGGUCGAUCAUCCAGCUGGAUAAUCCGGGGCCCCAGAUCAUUUACGGCCAGCAGUCGGCAGGGGGCGGCGAGGAGGCGGCGGCGGCCUCCUGCUGCGCCUGCUGCGGCGUGGCGGCGCGCCCCCCCGCCGUCUCCCUGCGCCGCUGCUCCUCCUGCAGGCAGGCGUCCUACUGCGGCGCCGCCUGCCAGACCCGCGACUGGCGGUGCUGGCACAAGACGGUGUGCCAGCCGGCAGGCUCGUAG